GGCACCGCGUCGCACUAUAAGACUCGGGUACUUCCGUCCGGCCCCCAUUUGGCUCUCCUGCACCGGCCGUGCGAGUCGUCACCUGGCCGUCGCCAUGGAGUCGGUCCUGCUCGUGGCGGUCCUUGUCGUGUUGCUCAUCUCCCGGUGGGGCCGCGUGAUGCUGGGCCCCUACUGGUGGGGCCCGCCCGCCUUCCGCAAGGCAAUGGACGCGUUCCCGGGCCCAAGACCCACCCUCCCGCUCCUCGGCAACCUCGUCCAGCUCGCGUUCGGUGGAAAGGUGCUGCACAACGGGCUCGCGAUCAUCGGCAGAUGGAGCCCCAGCGCGUUCAGCUUCCACCUCGGCCCCGUGCCCAUGGUGGUGCUGACCAGGCCCGAGGACUACGAGGCGGUCAUCGGCAAGCUCACCCAGAAGGCGACGUACAUCUACAGCACGGUGGAGAGCUUCUUCGGCGUCGGGCUGGCCACCCUGAACGGCGAGGCGUGGCGCGUUCAUCGGAAGCACAUCACACACGCCUUCCACUUCCGCAUCCUGGAGCGGUACGUGGACGUGUUCGAGCGCAAGGGCCGCGAGUUUGGCGACCGGGUGCAACGGCUCGCCGACGGCGCCACCAGCUUCAACGUUUUCCCGCACCUGGCCUUUACCGCCAACGACACCAUCUUCGAGACGGCCUUCGGCCUCGACAAGUCGACCAACUCGGCGGUGAGUGCGGCACACCGCCAGGAGUUCGUGGACGCCAUGGAGGAGUCGUUCGAGCAGCUCCAGUACCGCGUGCUGCACCCCUGGCUGCUGAUGGACUGGCUGUACCGCCUCACCCCCGCCGGCCGCCGCUUCUACGAGGCCGUCGACAUGAUCGACGGCUUCGCCCAGAGCGUCAUUGACGACCGGCGCAUCAAGAUGCGCGAUGGCGCAGCGGCGGGCUACUCGUUCCUGGAUCUCAUGAUGAAGAUCCAGCCCGGCGAGGACGCCGUCGUGCUCAACGACGCCGAGCUCCGCGGCGAGCUGAGGACAUUCAUCUCGGUGCAGCAGACGUCGGCCACCAUCAUGUCGUUCGCGCUCAUCCUGCUCGCCGUGCACCCGGACAUCCAGGAGCGCGUCGUGGACGAGGCCGUCGCCGAGCUGGGGCCGGAGGGCGGCGUGACGUACGCCUCGCUCACGGGCCUCAAGUACCUGGAGCGCGUGCUCAAGGAGACGCUGCGCAUGUACCCCGUGCUGCCCGCCAUGGCCCGGGACGUGACCGAGGACGCGCAGCUGACCGACGGCGUGGUGCCGGCGGGCGCGAGCAUCGCCAUGGUGCCCAUCGUCACGCACCGCGACCCCGCGCUGUGGGAGGAGCCCACGCGCUUCGACCCGGACCGCUUCCUGCCCGAGCGCUGCACCGGCCGCCACCCCUACAGCUACCUGCCCUUCAGCGCCGGCCCCAGGAACUGCGUCGGACAGAAGUACGCGCUGCUGCAGAUGAAGGCCGUCAUGUCGACGAUCGUGCGGCGCUUCGAGGUGCUGCCGGGCAAGGGCUGCGGCACCAUGGCCGAGCUGGAGAAGAACCUGGACGUCAUCACCUUCCUCACCGUCUCCGGCGGCUUCAACAUCCGGAUGCGGCCGCGGGCCCCGAGGAUCGAGCCGGCUGCCUGCAGCCCGCCGCCCAGCUUCACCGACUCCGUCCUGCGGAGGGACUUCGGCGCGGGCGCCACCCUCCCGGCGCACGCCUCCGGGCGGUGAGCAGGCGGCCUGCCACCUGCCACCAGCACCACAAACAUUGCUACCUCCGCCCGCUGCAGCAAAAACGUGUUUGGUGACUCGGUGACUUGUGUAUAGAUUCCCAACCAAAUAUCUCUCUCUGCCAUAUUGUGAUAUUGAAACAGUGUGCGAUUACAAAUAUUAGGGGUCGGAGUGGAUUAGAUGAAAUUGGCUUCCUUUGAGUAGUGAAUAAGUAAGUAAGUGUUCGUGAUCAGUGACCCUGUAAUGUUGCAUCUCGCUCAUAUGUUUUAGUGUAAUAUAUAAAAUGCAGCUCAUGACGGUAAACGAUAGUGUCGAAACCGAGACGGAGCUGAACGCAGCCGCCUAGAGACCAAUAAUUAUGCCGAUACAUGAAAGAGCCUCUGGAAAAAAACCUACGCGAUAAAUAGGCGCGUUUAAGUCUGGUGCAAUAAGGGAUGUGCCAACGACGUCUCGUGCAGAGGAGCGGGCCAGGGCCAUUUGCGCACGCAAAAUACACACGAGGACUUGGAUAAACUUGACGGGCGCCCGAUGUGUACUGCGGGCAAAAUCGUGUGUGUGAGAGCGAGAAUGAAAUCUCCCCGGCAGGCUGGGCGGGAGUUCCCUCUCCCGCCGUUCAGCCAGGAUGUGGCAACAGACCCGCAACUCCUGCUGGCCGGGCCGGAGGUGAGGACAGCCCGGCGUGCAUGCACAUAUGUGGCGGACAGGACAGGCCGGCUCGUCCGACCGGACGACGUCCUUGAUCGCUGUCAAGGCCACGGCGGUGCGGCGGUCCCUUCUCACUCCCUUGUUCGACGGGUCGUCCGUCCGUCCGUGCCCGAGGGGGAUACCGGCCGACCCAACACGGAAGGGAGCAUAAUUGCCAUGAACGAAAGAAUAAUAAUUAGUGGCCCUAACUGAAGUAUUACUUAGGGCCACCAAUUAUUUAUCGGUGCAUUUCGCUGUAAAUUGCGAGUCUCGUAGUUACCGUAUAAGAUAGGCCUAUUUUUGGAUAGUCCCAAAGACUGUCUCUGCCGGAAGAUAAAAACCUGCCUUUCGACCCCCCCCCCUCGCUUCUCCUUUUUGUAAAGGAAGCAUCCCGUGUGCUCGUUCAGAACUGCGCGUCGGGUAGGGUCUUCACCUCGGUGGAACUAGGCUCGGCGCCAAGUCAGCCGGUGCGGCUGCCACUGUCGGAAGAGCACUCUGUCACCCGGGUCGGGUCAGUGUGCGACGUGAGUAACCGAGCUCUGCGUCUCGUGCUGCUUUUAUCUUUCGAUCUGAUCCUUCGCAACAUUUUAUUUCCGAGCGAAUGCGAAUGGUUAGUUCUGUAGUUUUUACUAACUUUGUAAAAUAUUUGUACAUAGAUAAAUUGAAGUAAACUUAGAUUAGGGCUGAACAAUACUUCCGCCAGCGCCAGGUGAAAAGUUAAAAGGGCUAGGGUAGGGUUACGCCACCUAAGGUCUCUGGCGUGCGCGCAGCGUCGCGUCGUAGCGCCCGAGGGGCAGGCAACCCAUCCUGCUCAUCGACGAGAGGGCUCCAAUCGAGCCAUUAGCGUAUGACCUCCAUGACUGUUUGGCCGCCUUUCUUGUGUUUUUAUUGUAUGAUUUUACGACCGUCUGCCGUAUAAUUUGUCUCCGUCUGCGCUUUGUUGUUGUGAGUGUAUGCGCGUGUGUGAGUAUGUAUGUGUGCAUCCGUGUGUGUGUGUGUGUCUCUGUUUGUAUUUGUAUUCGCGUAGCGUUUUGUUUGUCGGAAAUAACAGACUUUUCUCCUU